AUGCAUGAGAUUGUACGCCAUAUCAGCCAACUGCAAAUGGAUGUGCAAGAUGGAUUGAUGAAGGAGUUGUACAUGAUUUUGACGGGUUGUGUUCUACCAAGUAAGCUCGAUCCACCUCGAAAAAGCCGGCUCUCCCUUCGCAAACGUUACAGGGAUAUCUUUUUAUGUGAUUCUGUAGCGGUGCGUCUAGCCGCCGUUAGGUGUUGUGCGGCAAUUUCGAAGCCGUUUGUGAAGGUAUAUGAAAAAGUGCAUCGUGAACAUCGCCAAUGGGUAUUAGCUCUUAUUCAUGGAGUUCUGAGAAGUCUAGUUAGCGCUGGAGUUGUUGAUCCUCGUGAGUGCAUUAAACAUUAA